UAUGCGCUCUGACUUCCGGCUGAGAAGAGACCUCGCUGCACGUGGGAAAGGAAAGAAGUGAAAUCACGAACGUCGCGUGUUUUUCGCGAUAGAAACGAAAUAAUAUCGACAUUAGUUGAUUUCUCUGGAUCUAAGAGACACUUUGUUUUCAUCGCGAUGUUUCUGCAGUUUUACGAGACCGAGUCCGGGGAAAGAGUUUACACCAUGAAGAAGCUGAAGCCCGACGGGCAGCCCACCAGCUCGGCUCACCCGGCCCGCUUCUCCCCAGACGACAAGUUCUCCCGGAACCGGGUGCUGCUCAAGAAACGCUUCGGCCUCCUGCUCACCCAGCAGCCCAGACCUAUCCUGUGAGAGAGGACGGAGGGAAGAUGGGACUUGAACAGAGAGAGGGAGCAGAGGAAGGAGGGAAGAUGGGACUUGAGCAGAGAGAGGGAGCAAGAAAACCCCAGGCCCAAAUUAACGGGACUGUACAUGUAUUGGAAACCAGCUGUCGUUGAUGUUAAGAAACAUUUUUUUUACCAGGAUUUGUUCUUUUUAGGUUUUGGUUGUUUUUAUUUUCAUGCUGAAUAAAUGGUCUCCAGAUGGACUGUAUUCUUUUGUUGAUGUGUAUGAAAUCUCCAGGUGACAAGUUGAACAGUGUCUCCUGAGGGGAGAAAUACAACAAAUGCAUUCAUCCUGUAUGGAAUCGGUGGAUUGUGAAAAAUAAAAAGCACAUGUUAAAACCAA